AUGUCCUCCCUAGGACUUCCAGGCCCGUUGAAUACGCCGCCAGGCGACGCCGCCCUCCACAGAUCCUGGAACCGAUUCCUCGACAUCCACAACCUCCGCAUCAUCUUCCACACGUCACCGGCCCACAUCGACCAACAAUGCGCCAGCGUCCUCGUAGCCCUGCGAGUGCCCACCGACCGUCGCGCGGCCAUCGGGGAUUCCAUCCUGAGCAUCUGGGACAGGAUCGGCCUCGUCGUCGACUGCUUGCCGGCGGACGUGAACCCGCACUGGAGGGCCGAGGAGCAGCUCCUCAAACCCACGGCCCUGCGUCUCGCAUCCCGACGAGCACGUCUCGCGAUGGAGAAGGAGCAGCGCGAGAAAUGUUGGGACCCGAUGCCCCUCACUCUCGACAUGUCCGUUCCCUCAGAGCCCGAGACUUCGAAAGAGGAGGGGAACACGCUCAGGGUCGCAACCUCCCUCGUCAACACGGAAUACUUCCUCGGCCACGACCCACGCGACCCGAUCUUCUCCUACGAACAUUCGCCACUCUUCCAUCCCGCCGACGAAAGAAACUUCACUUACCGCGGUCGCGUCCCCCGCGACCCUAGAGAGGACCUGCUGCGCUUGCGGCUCAUCCUACCCAAGGUCCUGGCGCAGCUCGUCGUCAUCCUCGCAUUCUCCCCCGAGAAAGUUUCUGUUUUCCCCGUGGAGUGCAGUGAGCUGAUGGACGAGGUUGACGACCUUGAGGAUGAAGUCCUCUGGAGGAUCCAGUUAUACUGGAAGGCCAAGUUCGGCAGGAGGCCUACGGCGGGGACGGCAGCGUACGCGCACUUCCUCCGGAGCAGCGCGCUGGUGCGGGAGUUCGCCUGGCUGGUCCACCGCGCUUGCUUCGACCAAACCCAUCACCAGUCUCUCGAGGAAACGCGGCGAGCGCGCGGCCUGUGGAAAGUGCUCUUACCUGUCAUCAACGUCUUGACCUCAGAUAGGACCGCAGAUGGAUCGGCGUGCGAGGCGCUGCUGCACAUCGCGAAGCUGCAUGUCGAAGACGAGGGCCGUCAGGCGCGGGACGUGGUCUUCAAAGAAGAGCAGUAUAAUCGCGCACUGGUGUAUAGAGAAGGCGCCGUCAUCAACAAGUCAAUCCACGCCCUCUACGCAUCCUACACCGGCCGCUUCCACCCCACAGCCGGCGCCCUCUUCUACCCGACCGCCCACCCGCUCCUCCCCCGGGAUCCAGACCUCGAUCCCGACGACACAGACUCCAGCUCCGUCCCGAUCCCCGACGAGGUCCUAGCCGCGCACGACAACAUUCGAUCGCGAUUCGAGCUCCCACCCGAAGCCGAGACCGACUCCCCGACGCCAGAGCUCCGACCCAAGCCGGCCAUUGCUGCACCGAGGAAGAGAAAACUUGAAGAGAAAGAGAAGGACACCUCUUCCGCCGAGCAGGAGCCACCGCGCAAGAGCACAAGACGCCGACGCCCAAUCCUCGAAACGCACCACCGACCGAGCCUCCCCUAA